AGGGUGUUUCCGGAAAUGACCAACAGUGUCGCCACUCGCCACAGUGCGCUCCAUAACGCGACCGCCGGUAUAAACGCAGCCGGCCCCCUCAGCUCCGGCCUCGACCAAGACCACCAUUGCUCAGGUUGCUCCCAGCUCCCAUCCGCGCCCCUCGGGGAGUACGAGGUACGAGAAAGAGAGCGACUCUCCUCCAAGAAUGGCGGGUGGCGGCGCCGACGACGACGACGUGGUGGAGGUGAGCUGCGGCGGCAGAGGCGGCGGCGACCCCGGCGCGUACGCCGCGGUGCUCAAGAGGAAGCUCGACCUGUACUGCGCCGCCGUCGCCAAAUCCAUGGUGACAUAGAUGGAGCAGGCCUUGUCACAAACUCUAAUGUCAUAAUAGAAGAUGAUGAUUUUCAAGGCAAGCCAACCAAUAGUGGUACAUCAAAGGAACUGUCAGACGAUGAUGGUGACCUUGAAGAGAACACUGACCCCACUAACGCCAAGAAGAUGAGGAGAAUGCUGUCAAAUCGGGAAUCAGCUAGGCGAUCAAGAAAGAGGAAGCAAGCACACUUGAACGAUCUUGAAUCACAGGUUUCCAGGUUAACAUCUGAGAAUGCAUCUUUGCUAAAGCGUCUGGCUGAUAUGACUCAGAAAUACAAGGAUGCUUCCCUUGACAAUAAAAAUCUAACAGUUGAUAUUGAGACUAUGAGGAGAAAGGUGAACAUAGCCGAGGAAGCUGUCAGGAGACUAACUGGAACAACCCUCAUGUUAUCAACCGCAUUUGACAAGCCCAUGAGCAGCACACCCUUGUCAUCAUGUGCAUCUGAUGCGGCUUCUGCCUCUGUCGCCAUUGAAGAUAGCGCGAAACAUUUCCUCCAUGCGCCACUUCAAAGCGGUCAGAUGAAGCUUGACAUCCUGAACGCGGCGAUUCCUCUGACCAGUGAGGGGAUAGGCACCAAGCCAGCUUCUCUGCAGCGUGUUGCUAGCUUGGAGAACCUGCAGAAGAGGAUCAUUGGAGAUUCGAUGCACUCUGAGACUGCAUCAACAUUCUCAGAGCCUGAAGCUCUUGCCGAUAGGUAAACAUGAGCUGUAAAGAUUUGCUCCUGUGAUGAACAGCUCUAGUGACCUAAGUUUUGUGGCAAUGGAAGUUGUGCACCCAUGCGUCUGGGUGGGAUCUAUACAGUGAUUUUGUACACUAUUUUGAAGAUUAAUAAUCUGUGGCCAAGGCUGUCAUCUUUGAUUAUGGACUUCAAAGGCUUAUGGGCAUCAAGCACUAAGAAUGCAGGAUGGUUAACAAUGCAGCUUCUGUUAAGAUUGAUAUGAAGCUUCUUUUGCUAUCUGCACAUGUUUUCUGUGUUGGGAGCUAUAAAUCCUCUUACAUGACCACAAUCGGUCAUAUUAACACCAUUACAUUGCUACA